UAAGAAGCUAGAGCAUGGCCUCAUGGUACCGGCGCAAGCGAUGGCAGACAACACAAUCACAACACGACUCAUCAGAUCGUGACACUGCGCAUAGCAUGCAUAAUAUAGCACACGAUUUUGAACACAGCAGUCCACGUGUGCAAGAUAGCCCAAGUAAGCGUAUUGGGAAUAACCAGCACAAACACACACAUGAGAACAACACCGUACAUAGCAUGAUUAACAGAACACAGGGUGGUACGAUUGUACAAAAUAACUCACAUGCGCAAAAUGGGAACAAUCAAUAUGAAUGUAAGCAAGAAGAAAGGCCAUGUGAUGACAACGUCGAUCAACGUACGUACAUCGCACGACACACAACCAGUGCGAUGGAGUGUAUCCAUUGUAGAAUCAUGCUGUGCGAGGCUGCUCUGAUAAGACAGCGUAUACGAAGGGGAUUGCCCAGUACGUGUACUGGGGGAACGAAUGAACCUGUUACACGUAAGAGAAGUGCAGUGGAAGGAUCUGAUGCACACGGUAUAAAGCGCAGAUCUUGCUCUUCUUCAUAUGAAAGAUCAGGGGAAGUGAGUAAUGAUGAGGCGAGUGAGAAGGUAACCCUGGAUAGUGGUGAUAAGAAUGUGCAUGGUUAUGUGCAUAUACAUAGUGAGCAGGUAAACGUACGAAAUAGUAGGCACGUACGUGAUAAUAAACACUUAGUAGGGAGUUCACAAACAUGUAUACACGGCCAUGUAUCAGCACGGGCACUACUCGAUGUUAGCCACUGUUUCCGAGUAGAUGGUGUACACAUAGACACACGCACGGAUACAGGUGUAGAUGAACAAGCAGACUUUUUUCAUCUCACGACACGCUUACGUGUACGAUAUGCACGUGCGCAGGCGUAUUAUAAUCAGUUAGAUUUAAGGAACAAUGAGUUACGGGAGAGAUUAGACAAACAGAGUGAGUCUACGAAAGACACUGAUAAUGCGCAGCACGACUGCUUACCAGGUAGUUGUGAUACAAGUGGUCUAUCCAAGGGUAGCGACGCGGGUAAGGGUAGGUACGAUAGCACUACAACGCACACGACAGCAGUAGGUACUAAUAAGGUAAAAGAUGACCGGUGCACAGAGAAGGAGGUGUUGGAUGAGGACACGAAUGCGAGUGUGAAGGAUACGGAGAGUGAGAGAGUGGGCCAGGAAACCAGGGAGAGGACCUAUUAUAUGCAAGCAUUGCACACGAAAGCGGAACCAAACGAAGUGAAGGAGGGUCAUACGCAAGGCAACAAAGAUGGUGUGGCAAGCAACACUUCAUCGCACACAAUAUCAAUCGAUGCGACUGGCGAGAGACGGGAGUCUAAUACAGAGGAGUGCGGGGCUAUUAAUCAGCCGAAUACAUUGGGGACUGAAGAGGAAGAGAUGCGGCAACGUCACACGAAAGAGAUUGAUGCGCUGCAGAUGGAGUUCCACAUAGCCAUGCGGGGGUUGUAUACACUUGUUACCAAGCACAUGACACGUCCACAGUGUGAGUGUGUGGAUAUAGCUACGGAAGCAGACACGGGUACCUCUCCCUCUGAAGUCAUAAACACGUCUACGAACACAGGCACAUCCACACACGCACAGUGCAAGGUGUGGCCACAAACGAGCCAGAAGGUUAGUAAUGGUAAGGAUGAGGAGAAGGAGCCUGCGGUGCAGCGAAGUAUAGGGUGUGUUCAUCCAAGAAGGAUAGAGACACCCGAAACGGCCAAUGCGCUGCUGCGGUUAAUCGAGGUGUGUACGUGCCUGGUGUAG